GAUUUUUUUUCUUUGCAAACAGAUUACGGUUACUAACACACGUUUGUUUUUUGUUGCCUUCAAUGACUGAAGGUGGAAGAGCAGACCCACAGCGGAGGAGAAACUUGACAAAAACCUCCAAUGCCCUUGGAAACCAGAGGUGGUGGGGAAGAAGUAGCGAGGGAGGAGAUGGGCAGAGGAAGAGGGAGCUGAUUAACCUGUCUGCCUAGCAUUUCCAAACAGUAUGUGUCUCUGUGUGCUGCUCCUAAAGGAUAGGUGGUUAGGGAGGGAAAGCAGCACCGGCCCCCCUGCUAGGAGGAGAGAAGCUCAGACGUCUUGUCGCCUCCUCCUUUCCACCAGUGAAAGGGUUACAGAGAGGAUCAUUUCAUGGUGACUGGUUGAGGGACUGUGCACAUGUUUCAGGGUUGAUGCAAUGAAGAGAGCACUAGAAAGUCUUAACCUCAACAUUGUAGAGAUGACAGAUGAAAAUGCAACCUUAGAUGGUGGAGAUGUCUUAUUUACAGGCAGGGAAUUUUUUGUGGGUCUGUCAAAACGGACAAAUCAACGUGGUGCAGAAAUUCUGGCUGACACAUUUAAGGAUUAUGCUGUCUCCACAGUCCCUGUUUAUGACUCUUUGCAUCUGAAGAGUUUUUGUAGCAUGGCUGGACCAAACCUGAUUGCCAUUGGUUCGACUGAAGCUGCGCAAAAAGCCCUCAAGACCAUGCAGCAGAUGAGUGACCAUCGCUAUGACAAACUGACGGUGCCUGAUGACGCUGCAGCAAACUGCAUAUAUCUCAAUAUUCCAGGCAAAGGCCACGUUUUGCUGCACCGAGCCCCUGAGGAAUAUCCAGAAAGCGCAAAGGUUUUUGAAAAACUCAAGGACCACAUGCUGAUCCCUAUAGCCAACACAGAAAUGGAGAAAGUUGAUGGGUUACUCACCUGUUGUUCUGUCCUUAUUAACAAAACUUCAGAAUUAUGAGAUAUAGAAUCCCUCCCUUGUAAAUGGCAAUAAAGUACAUGCAAGGUAGACAAAUCUA